AUGCGGCAUUGGUCAGAGAGGAUGGGCCCCGGAUUUGGCAUGUCCCGACCGAACAUGAACAUGAAUGCCAUCGCCCCUCAGCACAAGACCGCACACGGAGUCUCGCCCAUCCUUUCACCAACGGAACAAUCACACAUUCAUUACUCCUUCAACGUUCCAUUCUCCUCAGACCUCGCCGGUCCGAACACAGAGGAUAUCCUAUACGCGACGAAUGGUGCUGUGCUACGAUGGACUCACCCCGAAGACGCGCCUGACGAUGUUCCCAUCUACGAGCUUCCGGUACACGCGCAGAAUGUAAUGAAUCUAAGGAAGAUGUGCAAGGAGCUAUCAACCGGUCCGCUACCCGUAGAAGCCCACGUCAAGUCAUCGGAACCGAAAAGAGUCAAAGGACAGGUCACAAAUGUAUGCCUUUCGGGAAGCCCGGAGUUGGUUCAUAAGAGCCGGGAAAAAAUUCUGAACGAAAUCCCAUUGGCACUGCGAUGUGCUGUGGUUGAUAUCGAAGGAGAACUGGUACUUGACGCGGAUGCAACCGCUCUCAAGUCUCACGUGGUAGAUCACCUCGACGGUAUCGCACAAUUCUGUGGAGUUGACGUAUUCCUACUUGGACCAAAGUUUGCAUCGCCUUCUGAAGGACUCAACGGCAAUGGCGAUGCCGGACGAGACCAGCGCUGGAGAGUGGCGAUAUACGGAGACAUGGAAAGUGCCGAACACGCAAAGACGAGGGUCUUGAUAUUCAUUGACCGACUUCUGGGGCGCGUUGUGGAUGGAACCAUGCUGGAACUCUCCCUGCACACUGUCGUGUGUGGUCGAUCCCGAAAAAACAUCAAGCUCAUCGAGUCUGCGACGAAUACUGCAAUUUACUUCCCUCCGCCAUUUUCACAGGUUUACAGAUAUUGCCCACCUAGUGCCAACAGACGUAAUCCCGAGGAAAUUUUCAUUACAGGAGACACGCCACAAAAUAUCGCUAUGGCCAAACAGAAGAUUCACGAACUGGUCAGCCGAACGAGGCUUUUCAUGAAGGACGCUGUAGUUGCUGCAGCUAAAAUCGACAGCAUCUUAUUGACCAGGCUAGACAAGGUUCGAAAAAUCAUGGAGACCAACGGUACAUUCAUCCAAUUUCCGCCAAUGGCAUCGACCCGAAGCAUGAUACGGAUUCAGGGUGUGGAAGGACUCCAUGUUGAGCGAACCGUUCGAGAUAUCAUGUCUCUUACUGGCCAAUUCUACAGCGCUUCGUGGUGGAUCCAGCAAGUUGAUACAUCGCGACUACCCUCUCCUGCCGAUAUUCGAACUAUGCUUUCCGAUAUUUGUGCAAAUUCGGAUGCUGACAUUUCUUUCGAGAAGCUAACAUUCACAAUAACCGGCUCUGACGAUGCAGUGAAAGCCGCCUUGAUGGUUAUAUCGGAGAUCAAGUUUGUUUCCAGAUCUCAGUAUCAAAUUCGGGUCAAAAUUGAAUUGGCCAACGAACAUAAAGAGUUCGUCAGCGGGAAGAAGAAUGGCAAAAUCAACAAGAUUAUGGGCCAAAGCAGUGUCCAAAUUAUCUUUGACGGAUUCAAUGAGUACAAUUUCAACAUUGAUGUCUGUGCAGGGAAUUACGAGGCUAUGAAAUCGGGUCUAGGGCUUGUUGAACAAGAAAUGCCAGCUUCAAUCUCGUUUCACGUUCCAGACCAAUACCACAAGCGUAUUAUUGGCAUUGGUGGGCAACAUAUCCAACGCAUCAUGAAGAAGCACUCCGUGUUCGUCAAGUUCUCGAAUGCUAUGGAUCGCGGUGGGGUCGGCCGGGAGGACGACGAUAUCAAGGUCGACAAUGUCAUCUGUCGUACCCCAGCUCGGAAUGCACAGAACUUGGAGCUGGUAAAGUCGGAGAUUUUGGACAUGGUAGAUCGCGUUGACUCCGAGUUCACCUCUCAGACCGUUAAUGUGGAUCGGCUGUACCACAGACAGCUGCUUCUCCGCCUGAAUCAGCUUGAGGAGCUUGAGAAGAAGUGGAACUGCAAAAUCAUAUUUCCCAGCACUGAGCAAGCAAGUGAUGAUGUUACAAUCACAGGUCCCGAAUGGCAAGUUCCUCACUGCGUCGACGAAUUCCUUGGCCUCGUUCCUGAUCAACACGAGCUGGUGGUCGCCCACUCUCCCGAGCUGAAGAAGUAUCUUGAUUCCAAGGCAUUCCGAAAUGAUAUUAUCCCCAAACUCAAGGCACAAUAUGUUGUGGAUGUUCACGUCGAAGAGAACGAGACAGAGCUCACCGAUGACGGCAAGCCCACGAUUACUUUACUGUGGUCGUUUACUCGUAACAAUGCUGGUGGCGUUCGCGACGCUAUGGAUUUUCUCAACACCAAUCUUGCUUCAGCUGGCGUUGAAGUUAUAGUUGUGAAAGGGGCUAUUCCUCGACCGAAGUCAGAUUCGUUCGAAGAUUCUCUCCAAUACUUCGAUUCCAAGCUUUUGCAACAUGCUCCAGCUGUCUCUGCGACUGAUUCGCCUAUCAAGGCAACUUUUGGGGAUGAUGUUGCCCGCGAGCGCAGCACAAUAUUUGAUAAACUUCGGAAGCCCGGAAGCAUGUCUUCCAUUUCAUCUUUUCUAGACCGGCGCAAGAAUAGCUCACAUUCGCCCGCCAGUUCCUUUUUCAAAAACGGCUCAAACAAUGUUUCGAAGUCGUCUUUAAUCUCCAUCGAAUCGACACGAAGCUUCAAUGCCGACCGUAAUCCAUGGAAUGACAGUGGUGUCAACCUUCCCGAGGACGACACAACGCCAUGGCCAACACGCCAUUUCGGCAACGGUAGUGGUAGUAGUUACGAUCACAAACCUCUUCACAUCCAACAUCCAGGUGAUGCUACUCCAAAACACAUUAUGCGAGGUUCGACAGAUAGCGGUCGUCCUUCAACGUCUCAUUCAACAAACUCUGGAUACCCAGGCCCAAUCGGCCCACCGCGUUCUUAA